AGAGGCAACAAAGAUGUCUUGAACUAAAUAUAAAUCUGAUGUAGGGUGUGCAGGAACUUGGCAUCCUCAGCUCCCACUUCUGGGACUGGCCGGGAGAGAUUGACAGAGAGGAAUUAGGACCCGCACUCAUUUCCCGGAGAGCGUGGGAGAAACCAGGAGUGUGUAUUGGAAGAGAGUUAGAAGGCAAACGAAAAGGAGAAUUAAUAAGGAGGGGUUUACCAAAGGUCAAAGCAAAGCACCGGAGUAAACGUUGGGAAUGAUGUCGCAUGCUUCCCUAAUACGGGAGAGGAAGGAGAAGGCAUCGGCCAUCGCGAGGGAAGCCCAUGGGGGAGCAAUAGUGCAACUUGACCUGGGCAAGAAGGUGAGUGUUCCCCAGGACCUGAUGAUGGAGGAACUCUCCCUCUUCGCCAACAAGGGAUCCAAGAUGUUCCAGAUGAGGCAGAAGAGAGUCGACAAGUUCACGGUGGAAGGGGUAGGAGGAGCGCCAGGAAGGAGUGGCCUCGGUGGCAUGAACGCUGCGGGAUAUCCUGGCCCGGGACACAUGAACGUUGAUGGGAUGAAGGAAAACUACCGGUCGGAGGUCCACAUCGCCCAUCGCGGCAAGCAUCCUGGCCCGGCCGUGGCUCCAAAACCCUUCGGCAGGCUCUCCGCGGCCAAGAACAUCAACGUCGUGCUGAACCCCAGCAUCAUCGCUCCAGGUUACUCCGGUCCGCUGAAGGAAAUCCCACCAGAGAAGUUCAACAUCACGGCCAUCCCGAGGUCAUACCAGUCGCCCUGGACAGAGGACCUGGGAUACCAGGACCAUCUCAUCGACAUGAUGAUCAAUGAGCUUCCAGAAGCCCCUCCGAACCCCAAGCUCCAAACCUACCGGUGUUUCAACAGAGCUGCCAUCCCGUUCGGAGGCUGCGGGAGGCUGUUCUCAGUGCCGGACCUGGAGAACAUGGAGACGCCGGAGGAAACCGUGGCCCCGGACGUCAGCCGCCUUACCAACAGGCCCAGCUUCAACCGCAGAGCCCGCGGCUGGACCGGGCCACCCCUGCCUGAGUCCGCCGACCUCUGAGCAGGAAACACUGCCAGGAACAGAGGGGGGUGAUGCUGCGGUAGUGAGGGAGAGGCCCACACUCACUCACACACACACACACAUAUCCUUUCACAUUCAUAUACUUGAUCACUCACUCCCCUCCCCAUCACAUGCUCCCUAUCCCUCUCUUCCUCUUUCACACCCAUUUACUUUCUCUCUCACACUUUCAUACACUCACUACCCCUCACACACACCCCCUCCCUCCCACUCCCCCAUAUACACUGACAGCACAUACCUCGAGAAUCCCCUUCACUUUAACUCCACACAAUUGCCCUGCACUGGCAAAUCAGACGCCACACACUUAGAGUUAACCUAACACAUAUUAAAUAAUCGUAGUCUUCACUAGAGAAACGUUAGUUUCACGUUGCUCUUGGAAUGUGACAGUCACUAGCGCCCUGUGUUCCUACCGCUCAGGUAAGAAAUAAACUUGCCAUUGACGGAAUUCACAAAUCGUCAUUAAAAUUUGUAACAGUUAAUAAAAUUUUGCAGAUACAAAA